AUGAAGUUCACAUCAGUCGCUGCCCUCUCGCUCUCGCUCCUUGUUGGAAGUGUUUUCGCCGUAUCGCCUGCAGGUAAUUGCAAAUGCCAGGACCCGUACGGCACAGAGCCUCAAAAUAAUGAGGCAACCUGGGUAUGCUGUGGCAACUCAGCAGCUGCUCAGCUCUGCCCGAACGCCAAUGCACCAGGACCAAACAACCAGUGCUCGUGUGGUGGCGAGAAUAAGAUUGUGGAGCACAUCUUUGAUGCUUGCUGCAAGCAGAACGGUGCGCCGCAGGGUGCCUUCUGCUGGAACUAG